UGCCGCGCCGCCCGCACCGGAGACCUUCGCCUCGCCCUGCCGGCUCCUCACCCUCUGGGAGGAACAUGGAUAAUCUCAGUGAUACCUUGAAGAAGCUGAAGAUAACAGCUGCUGACAGAACUGAUGAUAGUUUAGAAGGAUGCUUGGAUUGUCUACUUCAAGCUUUGACGCAAAAUAAUAUGGAAACAAGUGAAAAAAUCCAAGGAAGUGGAAUACUUCAAGUGUUUGCAAGUCUGUUGAUUCCGCAGUCCUCCUGCACAGCCAAAGUAGCUAACGUCAUAGCAGAAAUAGCCAAAAAUGAAUUUAUGCGAAUUCCAUGUGUGGAUGCUGGAUUGAUUUCACCACUGGUGCAGCUGCUAAAUAGCAAAGACCAGGAAGUGCUGCUUCAAACGGGCAGGGCUCUAGGAAACAUAUGUUAUGAUAGCCAUGAGGGCAGAAGUGCAGUUGACCAAGCAGGUGGUGCACAGAUUGUAGUUGACCAUUUAAGGUCACUGUGCAGUAAAACAGAUCCCGCCAGUGAGAAGCUCUUGACUGUCUUUUGUGGCAUGCUGAUGAACUAUAGCAAUGAGAAUGAUUCCCUUCAAGCUCAGCUUAUCAACAUGGGUGUUAUUCCUACCUUAGUUAAAUUACUGGGCAUCCACUGCCAAAAUGCAGCUCUUACAGAAAUGUGUCUUGUUGCCUUUGGCAAUUUAGCAGAACUUGAGUCAAGUAAAGAACAGUUUGCCAGUACAAACAUUGCUGAAGAGCUGGUGAAACUCUUCAAGAAACAAAUAGAACAUGAUAAGAGGGAAAUGGUUUUUGAAGUUCUUGCUCCAUUGGCAGAAAAUGAUGCUAUUAAACUACAGCUUGUUGAAUCAGGCCUGGUAGAAUGUCUACUGGAGAUUGUUCAGCAGAAAGUGGAUAGUGACAAAGAGGAGGAUAUUGCUGAGCUCAAAACCGCUUCGGAUCUAAUGGUUUUAUUACUUCUUGGAGAUGAAUCCAUGCAGAAAUUAUUUGAAGGAGGAAAAGGUAAUGUGUUUCAAAGGGUACUAUCUUGGAUUCCAUCAAAUAACCACCAGCUACAGCUUGCUGGAGCAUUGGCAAUUGCAAAUUUUGCCAGAAAUGAUGGAAAUUGUAUCCAUAUGGUAGACAAUGGAAUUGUAGAAAAACUUAUGGAUUUAUUGGACAGACAUGUAGAAGAUGGAAACGUAACUGUUCAGCAUGCAGCGCUAAGUGCCCUCAGAAACCUAGCCAUCCCAGUUGUAAAUAAAGCAAAGAUGUUAUCAGCUGGAGUCACAGAGGCAGUUUUGAAAUUCCUUAAAUCUGAAAUGCCCCCAGUUCAGUUCAAACUCUUGGGAACAUUAAGAAUGUUAAUAGAUGCACAAGCAGAAGCUGCUGAACAACUGGGAAAAAAUGUUAAAUUAGUGGAGCGUUUGGUAGAAUGGUGUGAAGCCAAAGAUCAUGCUGGUGUGAUGGGAGAGUCAAACAGACUGCUCUCUGCCCUCAUACGACACAGUAAAUCAAAAGAUGUAAUUAAAACCAUUGUACAAAGUGGUGGCAUCAAGCAUCUAGUUACCAUGGCAACUAGUGAACAUGUAAUAAUGCAGAAUGAAGCCCUUGUUGCUUUGGCACUAAUAGCAGCUUUAGAAUUGGGUACUGCUGAGAAAGACCUAGAAAGUGCUCAACUUGUACAGAUCUUGCACAGGCUGCUAGCAGAUGAGAGAAGUGCUCCUGAAAUCAAAUACAAUUCCAUGGUCCUGAUCUGUGCUCUCAUGGGAUCUGAAUCCCUGCACAAGGAAGUUCAGGAUCUGGCCUUUCUAGACGUUGUGUCUAAACUUCGCAGUCAUGAGAACAAAAGCGUUGCUCAACAGGCCUCUCUCACAGAGCAGAGACUGGCUGUGGAGAGCUGAGAACUGCCCCUCCCCGACACUCCUCUCAUUUCCCCUUUGUCCUCCAUCCAGCUGCCUCUUCUGCCUCAUCCUCUUCCACAUCACUUGUGCAUGCGUGUAACGUUCCAAUGCCAACUGAAGAACUGCUGUAGGUACCUGCCCAAUAAGAUUUCUAAACCCAUUAGUUAGUGUGAACAUGGAUUUGUCAAGAACAAGUCUCCACCCAUAACUGUUUUCUUGUAUUCCUGUUGCUUGAGCUCCAUUAAGUAGGAUGUGCAUGUUGUAGUCCUGUGAUGACGUAAACUUGGUACUACACAGUGACUUGCUCCUCACCCUUGGUAAACUGCAUACUAACGUGCUGGUAAAUUAGCAACAAGUGAGAACGCAGCAGGAUCUGAUUAGCUCAUGAACGAUGGGAUUGAAUAGUAAAAAUAGCUCCAUUUAUUGGUGCUUGGAAAGCACA